AUGAAGGAUGGUCCUUUGGCCUUGCAGAAAAUCAACGAAGAGGGUGAACUGUGCGCCUGUUUGUUGCCAUUCAGUAUUAAACAUGAGAAAAUGCUAACUAAGAAGCAAAUACAUUUGAGCAUCGAGGAUCAUUUUGCAUCUUCGGAACAGCGCUGGAGUAAUCGGGGAAUUUGGAGAGGGAAGGACAGAAUUACGAGAGGCGCAAGAAAUGCCAUGAGCUUAGGCGAUUCUGAAAAGGAACCGUUCAGUGUCAGCAAAAGCGGGUACGAAACAGAGAAUCUGAGCUGUUCGGAUUGUCAUCAUCAGGUAUGGAAAUAG